CCUCCCAUCCUUGCAACCCAAUACCCCCUCUCUUCAUGAUUGAUGAUUCAUCCUAUGAGAAAACUGCGUCGAAAUUUGGACAACGAAGAUGGCCUGGAAACAGUGCUUGAGGUUCCGGUACCGGAGGAAAUGUUUGACGAGAUAGGCCGUGGCAGCGGCAGCAGCGGCGCCACCACCACCCACGGGUGGCGCAACCUCCGGAAUUGCAUGAGGGCAGCUCAACCUCAACCUGACAAUUCUUCUUUGCCGCCUCUAUCCUGCAACGAACAUGUUCUUUUCCUGCUUAAGAUCGUUGGCUCCGCGCUCAUCCCUUUCAAUGUUCAAUCCGACCACAACAAUCUCUCCAUGCCUGUCAGAGACUGUUCCUUUGAGGCUGCAACAGCGAAGUAUAUAGUGCAACAAUAUGUAGCUGCAACAGGGGGCAAUGCUGCUCUAAAUUCCAUGAACAGCAUGUAUGCGGUGGGGGAGGUGAAGAUGACAACCUCGUCUAUGAACCAGAGCGACGUUUUUAACUCUACCCCCAACUGUGAGGUCGGAGGAUUUGUGCUCUGGCAGAAGAACCCUAAUUUGUGGUUCCUAGAAUUGGUCAUCUCAGGUCACAAGAUCAGUGCCGGCAGUGAUGGCAAGGUUGCUUGGACCCAAUCUCCUUCCAACUCUAAUGUCUCCAGAGGCCCUCCACGGCCUCUCAGAAUGUUCUUCCAGGGUUUGGACCCCAGAUCAACCGCGAAUUUGUUCUUGAAUGGUACCUGUAUCGGAGAAAAGAGCGUGUGGGGAGAAGAGUGUUUCGUCCUGAAGCUCGAGACAGGGGCGGAAAUGCUGGACGCACAAACUACACCCAACAUAAAAGUGGUUCACCACACCAUCUGGGGAAGUUUUAGCCAAAGAACAGGCCUGCUAAUCCAAUUCCGCGACACAAAGCUGGUGAAGAUGAAGACAGGCAAGGGAGAUAACGACUUUGUGUUCUGGGAAACAAGCAUGGAAUCAACGCUUGAAGACUACAAAUACGUCGAAGGUGUGAACAUCGCGCACGGUGGGAAGACUGCUGCAACCAUUUACAGGUAUGGGAAGAACAGGAGCAGUAGGCUCAAGAUUGAGGAGGAAUGGAAGCUUGAAGAGAUCGAUUUUAACAUUUGUGGUUUGUGUACGGAGAGCUUUUUGCCCCCUGCUGAUAUUGAGAUGGGCAAUGAGCAUGGUGAACAAUGAAUUGGAUGCUAAAUGCCGCA